GCUUCUUCAACAACUGCAGCCACCUCGGUAGCUCGCUAGACAACAAAGUCGGAACAUUCAAGUUCUUUAGACAAUUUCGUGCUUUAUUUGCCACUGAUUUAAACAUACGUAUGUGGAAACAACUAGCUACCCAGUAUAAUUUAAUAUUUACGUUGUAACUCAACCCGCUGUCCGGUUAAGUUAGCACUAGUGUAGUCGCUAAUGCUAACUGGCUAACCUCCCCGAACAUGAGUUCACUAAGCUACUCUCCUCAUUCUAGAGAAGAGGAGGUCUGCUGGACGGAGAAAGAAGCUCUCGUGAAAGAAGAAGAGGAAGAGAAGGAUGUUACAAUACAAAAACAAGUAGAGGGUGAGACUGUUACCGUGAAAGAAGAAGAUCAAGACGUUACAGUCAAAGACGCCUUCAGGGUGAAAGAGGAGGAGGAUGUUACUGUGAAAGAAAAGGAGGAAGAUGCAGUUUUGGGAGUGGAGGAUGAAGUGAAAGAAGAUGAAGACAUUUUUGGAAUGAAGGCUGAAGAGGGGGAGAUCACAGUCACAUUAGAGGAGGACGAAGAAGAGAGGACUGGAGAACUGAUUAACACCAGUAAAUACAGAGAGAGACAGGACUAUCAUGGAUCCUCUGGGGAGCUUCAACAACAUCAUGAUGCUGACGAGGCAGAGAAGAGUCUCUCCAGAUCAGAACUUCUCAAGAAACACCAGCAGAGACCCACAGGAAAGAAAUCUCACUGCUGCUCUGACUGUGGGAAACAUUGCAAAUCUUCAUCAGAACUUAAAAAACACCAGAGAACACACACAGGAGAGAAGCCUUAUAGCUGUGAUCAAUGUGGGAAGAGUUUUACUAAUUCAAGUAAUCUGAAAACACACCAGAGAACACACACAAGAGAGCAGCCUUACAGCUGUGAUCAGUGUGGCAAGAGUUUUACUCAGUUAUGCAACCUGGUAUCACACCAGAGAACACACACAGGAGAGAAACCUUAUAGCUGUGAUCAGUGUGGCAAGGGUUUUGCUCAGUCAAGUAGCCUGGUAUCACACCAGAGAACACACACAGGAGAGCAGCCUUAUAGCUGUGAUCAGUGUGGCAAGGGUUUUACUCGGUCAACCAACCUGGUAUCACACCAGAGAACACACACAGGAGAGCAGCCUUAUAGCUGUGAUCAAUGUGGCAAGGGUUUUAUUAAUUCAAGAAACCUGGUAACACACCAGAGAGCACACACAGGAGAGAAGCCAUAUAGCUGUGAGCAAUGUGGGAAAAGCUUUUCUCGGAUAGGAUACCUUAAAGGACACCAGAGAACACACACAGGACAGAAGCCUUAUAGCUGUAAUCAAUGUGGCAAGAGUUUUACUCAGUCAAGCAAGCUGCUAUCACACCAGAGAACACACACAGGAGGGCAGUCGUAUAGCUGUGAGCAAUGUGGGAAAAGCUUUUCUCGGAUAGGACACCUUAAAGGACACCAGAGAACACACACAGGAGAGAAACCUUAUAGCUGUAAUCAAUGUGGGAAGAGUUUUACUCAUUCAAGUAAUCUGAAAACACACCAGAGAACACACACAGGAGAGAAGCCUUACAGCUGUGAUCAGUGUGGCAAGAGUUUUACUCAGUCAAGCAACCUGGUAUCACACCAGAGAACACACACAGGAGAGCAGUCGUUUAGCUGUGAGCAAUGUGGGAAAAACUUUUCUCAGGGAGAAAGCCUUAAAGAGCACCAGAGAAUACACACAGGAGAGAAGGCUUAUAGCUGUGAUCAAUGUGGCAAGAGAUACUCUCAUUCAAGUGGUCUGAUUAAACAUCAGAAAAUACAUGCAGGAGAUCCACAGAGUGUAGAAUGACCUCCAACACCAGACCUGGGAAUGAUCUCCAACACCAGACCUGGGUAGUAGAACACAGUGUGGAAUGACCAACACCAGACCUAUAUACAUCAAAUCACAUUUUAUUUGACACAUAGUUGUUUAACAGAUGUUAUUGCGGGUGUAGCGAAAUGCUUGUGUUUCUAGCUCCAACAGUCCAGUAAUAUCGAACAAGUAAUAUCUAACAAUUCACACAAUCUAAAGGAAUGGAAUUAAGAAAAUAUAAAUAUUUGGGUGAGCAAUGUCAGAGCGGCAUAGUCUAAGAUACAGUAGAAUAGGAUAUAAUCUAGUCUGUUCAUUAUAUACAUUUACAUGAUGUGUUGUUACACCAUGUAGGAGCAGGAUAGACCUAGUCUGUUCAUUAUAUACAUCUACAUUGUGUAUUGUUACGCCAUGUAGCAGCAGUAUGGAGGUACAGUGGGGGACAAUUGUUGACACCCUUGAUAAAGACAAGAUAAACGACUAUAAAAUAAAGCGUUCAAAUACUAAGCUAUAUUGUAUGUAAAAAAAAUCAAGGGAAAUUAUAUUAUUUUAUACUAGUACAAUUGCUCAGAGAAAGAGAUUUAGUUUAACAUGUCAUUCUCAAAAGGAAGGGAUCUGAAUUAUUGCCACCCAUGUUUUCAAUUCUCCAGCACCUUCCCCUUGUGGGGAUAACGACAUUCAAAUGUUUUAUGAGAUUGGAUAACACAUUGGGUGGGAUCUUAGACCAUUCCUCCAAACAUCAUUUCUCCAGGUCCUUGAUUUAUUUAGUCUGCGUUUGUGGACUGCCCUGUUCAAUUCAAACCACAGGUUUUCAAUGGAGCAGAAGUCCGAAGACUGAGAUGCCCAUAGAAAAAUGUUGAUUUUAUGCCCAAUUGACUAUUUUUUCAUUGAUGUUGAUGUGUCUUGCUGGAAGAUCCACUUAUGGCCAACUUUCAUUCUGCUAGCAGAGAGGUAACCAGGUUUUGGGCUAAAAUAUCCUGGUAGUGGGUAAAGUUUAUUUAUUUUAUAGAGUAAUUUUUGCUCAUCUUUAUCAAGGGUAUCAAUAACCAUGUACUUAUUUUGAUAUCUAGUUAUUUGAGUCAGAAAUACAGAUGUGGAGUAGAUGUAGAGUUGGUUUUAAAUUCUCAUUAAAAAUAUGAACUAAUAAAACAACACUUGUUGCACUUU